AUCCCUAAACCACUCUGCGUCUCCAUCUGCGAACUUUUCUGCGAACUUUACUGGGGUCUCAUCUAUAUACUUCAAUAUGAAUUUUUCGAACUUGGAAUUCACCCUGGAUGAUCUGAACAACGCCGGCCUUCUGGGCGAUGGCGUUUCGGGGUACGCCACACAGGCGAUUUCGACAAUGAAAGAGCGCCCGGAGCUUUUGAACCUUUCUCUCUUCGCUCUCGAGUGCAUGAACCUCACGGGCCAACAACGCGAGGACCUUGUCCCGCCCGGCUCCCCGACGCUAAGCGACGUUUCUACGAUGUCUUCCAAUCUCUCCGCCGUCACCAUCGCCAGCGAUGCCUUUGAAGUCUCCCCGUACACCCCCAGCGAUUUCGAGAGAAAAUCGUACUACAACGGCAUCACCGGAGAUGGCGACCACCCGGAACUUGUUUACCGAUCAGAUUGCCUUACCACACCCUUCCUCAGGCCCAGCGGCAGAUACGCCCAUCUCCCUGUCAAGUCAGUCCGUGGAGUCUUUAAGACCUCGCUCAAUGGUGUCUGGAGCACUGUCGGUCCCAAGAUCUGUGAGCUGAUCAUGGCUUGGGGGAUUAACUGGUCGUCCAUCGACCCUGCCCGCUUCUUCACCCAUGGACCGCCGGGAGAGGAGGAGAAGGGGAGUCUCGGACCCGUCGUGAUCUGGAUUGGUGUUGUUCCCAAUUCUACCUCCUCCGAUACCGCCCACAACGUCUCCCAGGAGAUCCUCAAGGUUCUCCGGGAUCACGGAGUCGAGGACGUUGUCGUGGAAUGGCGCGCGGCCGUCCUGCAGAGGCUGGCUGGUCUACCGCUGAUGCGCCAUGUCGGCAACACUAAUGUCACCCACCACGUCCGUCGCUUCCUCACCCCUCUUCACGGCGUUCCCCUGGCGACGCAAGGAAUGGAGAAGGAGGAUGCCCAGGGCACUCUCACUCUUUGGUUCCAUGAGAACAGAGACAAGGACGGCAACCCCAGCAACAGGGUGUUCGGAGUCAGCAACUGCCACGUCCUUCGCAAGAACACCACCGUCGAGUACGACCAUAAAGGCGGUGCACCUAGGGACUACGUUCGAGUUUGUGGCGUGCGUCGGUUCCAGAGGGGCCUUGACGAAAUAACGAAGGCCAUCGGUGACCACAGCAUUGUCGCCAACUUUUGGGCCCGAGAGAUCGUCAAACUGGAGGCGAGACUGGAGGCGAAGGGGGGAGCCGACGAGGAGGAUGCGGAGGAGAUGAAGGCGAAUCGACAAAAAUUAGACGACGAGAAGAAGGCUAUCGCCAAGCUCGAGGCCUUCUACACUGAGGUUAAGAGAGACUGGUCCGACAUUAAGCUCCAUCGCAAUAUAGGCCAUGUUCAAUAUGCUGCACCUAUCACGGUCGACAUUGAAGGCGGCACAAAGUACACCUCGGACUGGGGGGCGUUCUUGGCCGCUGAGGCGAAGGUCAGGGAUCAGUUCGAGGGCAACGUCGUCGAUCUCGGAUCGAAGUAUUCUGUUGAAGAUCUUACGGCCGUAUUUUAUUCUCGGGGUAAUGGUCCCACCAUGUUCAAGUAUCCCGAGGGGAGAAAACUCAGGAUUAUGGGUUGUGCUACUGAAGAGGACCUUGCCAACCCGACAGAGAUCGACAGCGAAGGCCGGCCCUACCUUACGGUCGGUAAGGACGGCAACACUACUGACCUCACCUUCGGACGCUACGCCGGCUUGGAGUCAUUUACCCGCAACGAGGUCGGUGUCCCGUCUGUCGAGCUCGGCAUCUACAACAUGGGCGUCAAGACUUCCGACGCCUUCUGUGCCAAGGGCGAUUCGGGCUCCCUCGUCUGGUACAUGAAGGAUGGUAAAGCUUUCAUCGUUGGCCAACUCCACUCGGCCGAUAACAAAGGCGCCUCGACCAGCAACCAUGUUGCGUAUUGCACCCCGGGCUGGUACUUACUGCUCCAGAUCAAGAAGAAGUUCAAGUACGCUGACUUCUACCGCACCACCUGGUGAGAUUGAGAACAAUAUCGUCGGCUUUCUACGGUCCGUUCUGUGUUCUGCAGUGUCUCGAAAUGGAAAUGCACAGCAUGAUGUAUUUUUUUAUGGCACCAAUAACUCUUCAUCUACUUCACCAAAUGCAAUGGGAUUAGUACCAUUUGGCUUUGCGGGUGAUCGGCUUAGAUUAGUAUCCUUG